AUAGUUCUUUUGGCUCCCUACUGCCUGACUGUGUCCAGGUGUCCCAGGAACUCACAGAGUGACCCUCAAGGACCAUCAUAGAUAUGUAGUGAUUGGAGUUGUUUAUUUACUCCAUAGCAGUAAAAAAAAACAUUGAGAGCAAGGUCUGCAAAAAAGUCUCUGCUGUGGUCCUCAAAGGAACGAUUGCCUUGAUGGAGGCAAACUGACCUUGAUGUUGGAUUAAGUCAUUGGUCGAGUCUUUCAUCGUUAGGUGAAUUCAGAGACAAGGGAGGAGAGUAGGAUCAAAAUGCAACUUGAAUCAAAUAUACAAUAAACCAAAACAAGGAACAGAAACCCAGGGACAUUUGAGAGCAUAACUGGAACUAGAAAUCACAAGAGCAAAACUGAGGACACCUGCAACAUCCACAAAUGACUAGACUCGACAAAGAACAACGUAUAUUUACACACAGGACUAACAAGACACAGCCAGGGAGUAAUGAAGGGAGCCAAAAGAACUACAAAAAGACCACAAAAAGGACAGGAAACAGGAAACUAGGUUAAUCAAAAGUUCAAACAGACAGAGAACAUAUAACAGAGAUAGUAUAUCCUCUGAGAAGAUCUCACAUGAAGGCACAACCUCAUAAUAUACCUUCUAGAUGCUCAUCAACAUGUGGGUUUUCAUUGUGUUUUUCAUCUAUGUUAAAGAUCUGGUGAAUGCUGAAUGGAAUGGGGUGAAGACAAUGAUGGAAGGAGAUGUUCUCACUCUACAUACAGGAGCAACUCAACUAAACAAAGACACUGAGACAAUAUGGUUUUUUAAAAGUGGCAAUUUUACCACCCGUAUUGCACAGAUGAAUAAUGAGAAAGUUUUUACUCAUUAUGAAAAGAGAUUUGCUGACAGAUUACAACUAGAUCAAGAGAGUGGAUCACUGACCAUCUGGAAUAUCAGUACCAGUGAUUCUGGAGUUUAUGAAGUAUCUCUCACCAUCAGGUUACACAUCUCUGAGAGAAAGUUCAAAGUUGAUGUAUAUGCACCUGUCUCUGCACCUGCUAUUGAGAGCAAAUCAUUGGUUAUUGUGCACCAAUCCUCAGGUACUUCGAGGCAAUCACAGACAAUAGAAGAGUUCUGCUCCAUGGUCUGCUCUGUAAAAAAUGAUAAAGGUGUGUUCAUCUCGUGGCAUAAAGGAGGUGAAAUGCUGAACCAGACCAGCAAUCCUGAUCUCAACAUCAUCCUCAGUUUACCAUUACAACUCCAUUAUAAUGAUCCAGGGACUUACCGCUGCACGGCUGCAAACCCAGUGAACAACAGGACAACACAUCUUCACAUAAAAGAGAUCUGCUCACAACAGGAAGGCUGUCUGGAUCAUUGUGGCGUCACUGAGGUUCUGAUUCGUCUGGUUCUGUCUGGUCUGGUGGGAAUCGCUACAGUUUUAUUUCUGGUUGAGCAUCUGAGGUUCUGCUCCUUUCAAGGAAGAGCUGCUUCUUCUGUCUGAUGGUGACUUGCAUAAGAGUUUGCAAGGUGUACAAUUUGACACUGGUUUGCAGAGUGUUACCAUGAGGUGUGAAGCAUCUGCUGGUUGUAGUACUCUUUAUUUAUUGUUGUGAAAAUAAAAGUAUUUGCUAAAAUAA